UUCGUCGCUUCGAUCGGCAGAUGUCUACCUAGUCGAUUUCCUUUCGCGUAGAUGAGUUAACGUAAGCGUGGCUAAUCAAGGUACAAAGAGAAAAAUGAGCAGCUCAGAGGAGGUAUCAUGGAUUUCGUGGUUUUGUGGAUUGCGGGGAAACGAAUUUUUCUGCGAGGUUGACGAAGACUAUAUUCAAGACAAAUUCAAUCUUACAGGGCUAAAUGAACAAGUGCCACAUUAUAGACAAGCUUUAGAUAUGAUUUUAGAUUUGGAACCAGAUGAUGAAUUAGAUGAUAACCCUAACCAAUCUGACCUAAUUGAACAAGCUGCAGAGAUGUUGUAUGGUUUAAUUCAUGCUAGGUAUAUAUUAACAAAUAGGGGUAUAGCCCAAAUGAUAGAAAAAUAUCAGUCAGGAGAUUUUGGUUAUUGUCCCAGAGUGUACUGUGAAUCACAGCAAAUGUUACCUUUAGGCUUAUCUGAUGUCCCAGGUGAAGCAAUGGUAAAGUCAUACUGUCCUAAAUGUAUGGAUGUAUAUACACCAAAAUCAUCGAGACAUCACCAUACAGAUGGUGCCUAUUUUGGCACUGGUUUCCCACACAUGUUGUUUAUGGUACAUCCUGAGUAUAGACCCAAACGUCCUACAAAUCAAUUUGUUCCUAGGUUAUUUGGCUUCAAAAUACAUCCCCUAGCAUAUCAGCUUCAGCAACAAGCUGCCUCAACAUUCAAGACCCCCUUGAGGACGAUUAAUUUCAACAACGGCAAGCGCUAAAUAUGAACACUUAUGAAAUUGUAACCAAGUGAAUUAUCAACAUAGUUUAAAUGUGUUUUGAAGGAAUUAUAUUCUGUUUCUGUUGAGUGGUAUCUUGUUUCUAGUUAAUGUAUCACAGGUAGGGCUGUUUUUGAUGGAACAUUUACUUAAGGCUACGGAACAAGUUACUUCAAGUACGUUUUUGUUACUUGUGACGUAAGUAUUGUCAGUUAAUGACUAAAACUACCAACUGCAGCUUUAACAGGAGGGUAUAUAAACUGUACAGACAAAUAUUUUUGGAUUAGCUGGCUUUCCAAAAAUGAGAAUCCUUCAUUAUUGUUUUCUUUAUCAGAAAAAUUGUUCCUGUGCUUUAAUAGUGUGUUCUUUCAAUUACGGUCCACACAUUUUUUUUUCUCUUUUUUAUGCAUAUGCAUAAAAUUUAAAUUUCAGUGAUAUGCAUUUCCGUUAAAUUGACAAUAGGAAUUAUUCCUUCAAAUAUGAACCUGCAGAUUGUUCAAAGUCUUGAAUUUUACAAGAAAUGAAUGUAUUGAUACUGUGAGUUAAUAAAAUUAUGUACUUCAUACCAUUUGCCAUGCUGUUUUUCAACAUUUGUACUUCAAUGCUUUAAAAACAAUAUUUUGACGUAUUUUGAAUAAAGGAAAAGAUCUGUAAGCAUAUAUUAGAUUAGUUCAAUGGAUAGAGAAAUUAAUAAUCUCAUAGUACAAUUACAGUCUUGUAUCUAUAUUUAACGAUGUUGAAAAUCAAAUUGGCAUUUAGUAUAACUGUAUUUUUUUAGAUAGAAGAUGCAAAACUGUUUUAAUUUCUUAGUCCUUAAAUAAAUUAUUAAAUUAAUUGUUAUUGGAUUCUUUUUAUUUAAGAUUUAAGUGAUUUUUUUCUGCGACUGUCAGAAAUAUAAUUUUGAAUAAGGCCGCACCUACAUUGGAUCCGUUUUUCUCCGAUCAGAUCAGAUCCGACUUCGGAUUAAAAAAUAAACCCAUAGUAUUAAAUGGCGGUGCCUCCAUUGGAUCCGUUUUUCUCCGAUCCGAUCAGAUCAGAUCCGAUAUCGUCCGACGCCGGGAGUAGCUUCUCCUAUUUUCAUCGAGAAGUGUUUGGUUUCAUUCCGGUUUUUGCAUAUUUAUAAGUAAUUUAAUUUUUUGUUUUAACUAUUUCAUGAAAUAAAUCAACGAUAAAUAGCCUCCAAAUCUUAAUAUUUAAUUUUGUAAUAUAUGUCUCACAAGAGAUAUUUUACAAUGUUGUUUUGAAUAUAAAGUUUACAAAAUCUCUUUAUUUAUAGGUAUAAAAUUUAAUACCUCUAGCACAUAAUAGGAAACAACAAACAUUCUGUCCCUCUGGGUAAAUAGUUUUAUUGGGAUGGUCAAUUUCACUUUGGUUAUGAAAUUCUAAAGGGUACUACGUGUCUUUGAAAUUGCCAAAAUAAUCUUUGAGAAAACCUUACAAAGAGAACCGAAGUUUAUUACUGCUUAAUUUGUGAUAAAACCGGAAGUAUAAUUAUUAUACUACCUAUUAUGUGUUACUAUAUCUUUUUAUAUCAGAAUAUUUUUUUAAUACGUGCCAACACAAGGCUAGUUUGUAAUAAAUCAAUGUAUUUUUUCUUUUCUCAUGAAUUAUUUUACAUUCUUGUGACGAAAAAAUAGGAUCUUAAAUUUAUCGGGAUAGUUACGUAGAUUUUUGUUUAUAUUAAAUUCUGAAGAUCUGUCUUUAUUAAAUUUAUGCAUCCAUCUACGUUUUUUUCUACGUCUUUUAAAACAUUGUUUUCCAACAACAGCCAACACAUUAACACAUCUUCAUUGGUACUCAUUGUCGGUGGUCGGAAGUUAACGGAACCAAUGUAGGCACCCUCGCCGGAAAAUCGGUCUAUAUCGGAUCUGAUCUGAUCGGAGAAAUACAGAUCCAAUAGAGCUUUUCAUUUACAGUCAUUUGUUUCGAGCUUCUGUCAUGUGUCACAUAAUAUUAAUAUAUCUACGUCAUACAUUAUUGGUAUAUAACAAUGAUACAAACCAAAGACGUAUGGCGUAGAUAUAUUAAUAUGUGACACAUGACAGAAGCUCGAAACAAAUGACAAUCGAUGAAAAGCCCUAUGUAGGUGCCGCCUAUCAGAUCGGAUCUGAUCUGAUCGGAGAAAAACGGAUCCAAUGUAGGUGCGGCCUUAGUUUUUAAGUUAAAUAUAAUUUUCAAUGGAGACCAUAUUGAGACGUAGAGUGCUAGUAAUUUUUUCCCUUGCAUAUCCGUAACUACUCAAAAUCAAUACACCAUGUCAUUAGAGAAAGAUUUGAAUUUUGAUUCCUGUAUUAUUGCCCCAUAUAACAAUGGAUUCAAAACCGAUCACAUAACGGUUCUAAAUAACAUCAUCAACAAAAAACAACUUUACGUGGACUUGAAAAGAUGAAGGUUCAUUCAUUACAUAUAAUAGAAAAAUAACCCUGCAAGCUAUUUUAAUAAAUUUCAUAUUUCUUGAAUAAAUAUUAUAUUGUAAUAUUUUCAAUAUAUUUUAUCUUGUAAAAUAUUUGUCUUGACAUGUACCUAUGUCUUAAAUUACAUUUUGUUUGUAAUUCUUGGUCUAUGCCGGAUUAUCGACAGAUUAGAACAGUAAUAGGUUUUGAUGAAAGUACAGAAAAGUUAUCAAAUUUUUAGGUAAAACAGUUGAUGAUGACCUUAAUUUUGCUAUUGUUUUGUCGCCAACAGAGAUAUUCCUUCCUUCAGAUAAACAAACGCUCAGCAAACUGUAUUCUUCACCGAUCCACCAUACCAUACAGCAUUAACGUACCGAUGGAACAUGAGGAAUUUUAUAGCUGUCAUGCAAAUCUUCUAAAAAUUUCAUAAUUAAUGUUGUUAUUGCUGUUUGAGCAAUGAUUGAUGAGGUCAUUCUUCUGUAAUGAUAACUUGCAACUUCAACUUCGAAAGCGCAUGAUUAAAUGUUACAUUUUGGUCAGUCCUCUUGUAUGAUGUCGAAGCAUGGACAUUAAAAAUAUCCACCAUUAAUCGUUUGGAGGCCUUUGAAAUGUGGCUGCACAGACGUAUACUGAAAAUACCAUGGACGGCUAUGCUGACAAAUGUGGCAGUCCUUAAGAGAGCAAAUGCUGCCCGCGAGCUGCUUGAUAACAUCAAAUUUAGAAAGAUGGCCUAUUUUGGACACGUAGUAAAGGGAGACCGGUAUAAUAUUCUUCAACUUAUUAUGAUGGGUAAAAUCGAAGGACGCAGAGGAAUUGGUAGAAAGCAGGCCUCUUGGUUGAAGAAUAUCCGGGAGUGGACAGGAAUGAAGAAAGCAGAACAACUAUUUAGAAUAGCUCGAGACAGACAGUUUCACCAUGUUAAUCGCCAACGUCAAGGGGACUUGAUAGGGCACGUUAAGAAGAAGAUUGCUGUUUUGUUAAUACUACCUAUGAUAUAAUAGGUACGUGAGGUGUGAACGGUACGAGAGGUACGGUAGAGUGAAAUAUAUCGGUUGUUUCGUUUAGGCCUUCUAGUUUACAAGCGGUUUCUUUGUUAAUAUCUUUUCUAUGCUCCAUAUUGUAUCACCGUUUAAGUAAACACAUGUUUUUUUAAGGUUCUGUUGUGUACUUUUUUAGGGUAUCAUGGCUUAUAUUUAUAGGACGUAAUUGAUUUGAAGAUCAGUGCUGCACAGUCUCUCAUAAAAUGUUAUAUUUUUAGUUGCCCAUUUAAAAUAAAUUUUUGUACUUCGUUAGCUACGUUUGCGUUAAUAAUAAAAAGAACAUUUUGUACCAUGUGACACAUUUCAAGCAAUUAAAAAUUUAACAAGCCCCAUAAGUUGUAACAUUUCUUUAUUUUUUAAUGAACUGAAAACGAUAUAAAAUAUGUAUUAUACUUCAGCGCGAAGAAGCAAUUUGGUUAGUUUUUGACAACUUCGGUAAAAUUCCAAGAUUUUCUUUAGAAAACAAGACAGUCUCCUUUAAGGAACAUUAAUACCAAUCUAAAAUUAUUUUUUUAUAGGUAGACUUAGAAUAAUAAUUUAUGUUUGUUAUAUACUACCUUGUUCAUAAUACAGAGUGUUCCAUUAUUAGAUGCCACUCAAACUAAUGUAGAAAAUGGAAAUCUGUUUUGGAGAUUUUUGAGAAAUGCUGUAUUUUUUGUUCUUUUAGGUGAUUUGAUAUUGGAUAGCUCUGUAAAAAGUUUUAAUUUAAGUAAAUUAUACAUCAAAUUAUUA